AUGGUUUAGUAGCGCACAUAGCCGUGCAGGCCCGGUUAAAGGUGCAGGUAAAGAUUCGGUGAUCUGAUGAGUUAUUUGUAAUCAUUUCUAGUUCUGAUAUAUUUGAAUGUGAAGUUGAGUCUAAUUGUAAAAAGAAUUUUGUAAGUAUAGUUAUAAGACAAUUGUGGACGUAUACAAAGAGAAUCUUGAAAGUAGUUCAAGAUGCAGGAAUCUCAACCGAAGAAAGGCAAGAAAGCCAGAAGAAAGCGCAACGAUAGUGAUGAAGAUAUUGAGAAAGUCUUGGCUGAAUUGGAGUUAGAGUAUACUGGACAAACGAAAGAAGAGAAGAAUGAACCAGUUGAGCAGAAACCUGAAGAUGAGGAAAAAAAGAAAAAAGGGAAAAAGGAGAAAGGGAAAAGAGACAAAGGUGAUAUUAUUGACAUUAAACAAGAAUUAAAGAGUGGAGUACUUCUGGAAGAUGAUGAUAUUGAUGAUGAUUUUGAAAUUGGCACUGUAAAAACUGCUGCACAGAAGAAAAAAGAAAAGAAAGAAAGAGAAAAACAGAAGAAACUUGCCCAGAAGAAAGCGGAAAUGGCUAAGAAGACCGAAAAUGAAGAAGUAAAGAACGAAGUUGUGCCUGAAAAGCAAACUAAAAAAGAAUCACAAGCAAAGGUACCAGAAGUAAAGGAUGUCAGUGCAACAGAUGCUGCUGUGCCUGCUGAGGGUGAGGAGGGAAAAAAGAAGAAAAAGAAAGCAGGAAAGGAAGAGGCAAAAGAAAAAGAAAAAGGCAAAGGUCCUGGGAAGAAAACUAUUGCUGCUAUGCAAGAGGCCUUAAAGAAAUUAAAGGAAGAAGAAGAGAGAUUAAAGAGGGAGGAAGAAGAAAGAAUACGACAAGAGGAAUUGAGAGAACAAGCUCGGUUAGAACAGCUCAGACUUGAACAGGAGCGCAAAGAAAAGAAGAAACUUAAAGAAAAACAACGAAAGGAAAGGUUAAAGGCAGAAGGAAAGCUUUUGACAACCAAACAGAAACAAGAUAGGGCAAGAGCACAAGCCAUGAUCAAUGCAUUAAAAGCUCAGGGUCUAGAUUUGCCAGAUGUAGGAGAAAAGAAACCAAGAGCAGGAACUCGUAUAAGACCAAAUAAAAUGAAGCAGCAGGUGAGUAUCGAUGAGAAGGAUGAUGAAAAACUGGAGGAGAGUAUAACAGAUACGGACAGAGUCGAGGUAGAAAUUGUAGAUCAACAAUCGAAGGAAUCGGAAGAAAAGAAAGAUGACGUUAAAGACUCCUGGGAUGCAGAAUCUAGUGAAGAUGAACAAGAAGAAGAUAAAUCAGAUGAUGCAACGAAAACUCCUGUAAAACAUACAGAAAGAAUUCUUCCGCUCGAUAAAGCCAAACCAGCACAAACCCUAAUAACUAGCAAAGAAUCUUCGGAGAGUGAGUCAGAAAGCGAAAGUGGUAGUGAGUCUGAAUCGGACGAAAGCGAAGAUGAUAGUGGAGUAGAAGAUAAAGUUUCGGAUGCAGCGAAGAAAAAGGAACGAAUUAGAGAACGAAUACAACAGCGGAGGAUAGAAGCGGAAAAGAAACGAUCAUUAGAUAAUCUUAGAGCCGCAGUAGUUUGCGUUUUAGGCCAUGUCGAUACUGGAAAAACUAAAAUUCUCGACAAAUUAAGAAGAACGAAUGUACAGGAUGGCGAAGCAGGCGGUAUUACUCAACAAAUUGGUGCCACGAAUGUUCCGAUUGAUGCCAUUCGAGAAUCAACGAAACACGUGAGAGGGUAUGCCGACAAGAAAUUUAAAAUACCUGGGCUCUUAAUUAUAGAUACUCCUGGGCACGAAUCUUUCAGUAACUUAAGAAACCGGGGAUCUUCUCUUUGUGAUAUAGCGAUAUUAGUAGUAGAUAUUAUGCACGGUUUAGAGCCGCAAACUAUCGAAAGUAUUAACUUGCUGAAGGCAAAGAAAUGUCCUUUCAUCGUAGCAUUAAACAAAAUCGAUAGAUUGUACGAUUGGCAAACUAUGAGUCGGAAAGAUGUCCAAGAUAUUGUAAAAAGUCAAGCUAUAAAUACGCAGCGAGAAUUUGAAAAGCGCUCGAAAGAUGUGAUCGUACAAUUUGCUGAACAAGGGUUGAACGCUGCAUUAUUCUACGAGAAUCCAGAUCCUAAAACAUAUGUUUCCCUUGUACCUACUAGUGCGAUUACAGGUGAGGGAAUGGGUAACCUGUUGUCGUUAAUAGUCGACGCCUGUCAAGGUCCACUAGCUAAAAGACUCAUGUACUGCGAAGAGCUUCAAGCAACAGUUUUAGAAGUGAAAGCAUUGCCAGGUCUUGGAACUACAAUAGAUUGUAUUCUAGUCAAUGGAAUGUUGAGAGAAGGUGAUACAAUGAUAGUAGCAGGCACCGAUGGUCCCAUAGUGACUCAAAUACGUUCGCUUCUCAUGCCACAACCGUUGAAAGAGUUAAGAGUCAAAAACGCAUACAUCGAACAUCGUGAAAUUAAAGCUGCUCAAGGAGUAAAAAUCGCUGCUAAGGAUUUGGAAAAAGCAAUUGCAGGACUGAAUCUCCAAGUAGCUCAAAAGCCGGACGAAGUGGAAGUUUUAAAGGAAGAAAUCGCGAAAGAGUUAUCCAGUGCCCUCAGGAACAUUCGACUCGCAGAAAGAGGGGUUUACGUGCAGGCAUCAACCUUGGGUGCGCUGGAAGCGUUGCUGGACUUCUUGAAAAGCAGUAAAAUACCAUACGCUGGAAUUCGUAUCGGUCCUGUUGUCAAGAAAGAUGUUAUGAAGGCUUCUAUUAUGUUGGAACACGACAGUCAAUAUGCAACGAUCCUCGCGUUCGACGUGAAGAUCGAAAGAGACGCACAAGAAUUGGCAGACUCGCUGGGAGUGAAGAUCUUCCAGGCAGACAUUAUUUAUCACCUCUUCGAUAAGUUUACCGCUUACAGAGAGGAACUGAAGCAACGUAAACGGAACGAAAACAAGCAUAUCGCCGUGUUUCCAUGCAAACUUCGCAUUUUACCACAGCAUAUCUACAACUCUCGUGAUCCUAUCGUUAUGGGUGUAAUGGUCGAGGCAGGAAUCGUGAAAGAAGGAACACCGCUCUGUGUGCCUAGCAAAGACUUCAUAGAGUUGGGCAUGGUGACGAGUAUAGAGUACGAUCACAAGGCUGUGGAAUCGGCGAGAAAGGGUCAAGAGGUGUGCGUGAAAAUUGAACCGAUACCAGGAGAGGCGCCGAAAAUGUACGGCCGUCACUUCGACGAAAAAGAUUUUAUCGUCAGCAAGAUAAGCAGACAGAGCAUAGACGCGUGCAAAGAGUACUUCAGGGACGAUCUGGUGAAAACGGAUUGGCAGUUGAUGGUCGAAUUGAAGAAGCUGUUCCAGAUACUCUAGGAGCCGGUGCUGGACACGAUGGAACCGCUAAAAAAGAAUCGACAGCUCGAGUGUCCGGCAAUCGAGGCGAACCCCGCGAUCAGUCACCUCACGAACUUAAUCGAAUUCGUAUCCGAUCGUUGUCGAUCGUUCUAUCAAUUUGUAAUAUAUGUCGAAGUUUUCGAUAUUUCAGUCGUUGUCAUUGAUAUCCGCUAAAAAAAAUGAAAAAAGAAAGAAAGAAAAGAAAAAUCGACGCACCGCCUUGCUUCGAUCCCUGUGAUCCUCGCGAACGCGAAAUCCUUGCGCGACCGAUGUUUCCCUUGUUAAUUCAAGCUUGAAACGAACAGAAAAGAAACAAAAUUAUUUUUUAAAACAAAACCGUGUUUAACCGUUUCGCUACUAAGAACUGUAAACCCCUCGUUUGUGCAAUCACAGGAAUACAAUGACACAUUGAGAGAAAAAAUAUUAAAUACACGACUGGGUGUAAGUGGAAAUUUACUAAUAAAAUUAUUUUAUUUACGUUCGUA